AUGUGGACCGGACCUGGCAGGGGGCUCUGCCUGCUGGGAGCGCCGGGGCUGCUGCUGGUGCUGCUGAGAGCAACUUGUAUGGCUGUGCAAUUUGUUCCUGCAAAGACCUACGAGGACUGGUGGGCAUACAAGGAAACACUUCACGGAAGCUUUGUGCCAGGUCCUCCCUUCUGGGGUCUUGUGAAUUCAGCAUGGAGCCUCUGUGCCAUUGGCAAACGCCAGUCUCCUGUGGAUGUCAACACAAGUCAAAUGAUUUUUGAUCCCUUCCUCCCUCCACUUCGGCUCAGCAUUGGUGGAAAAAAGAUUAGUGGAACCAUGUACAACACAGGCCGACAUGUCUCUUUUCGUCCAGAUCCAGUACAGCUGGUUAAUGUUUCAGGAGGACCUCUGCCAUACAGUCACCGGCUCCAAGAAAUACGGCUGCAUUUUGGCAGUGAAGAUGGAUUUGGCUCAGAACACCGGAUAGAUGGCGACAGCUUUUCUGCUGAGGUGCAGUUGAUCCACUACAACCAAGAACUCUACCCCAACAUUUCCGAGGCUUCACGCAAUCCCAAUGGUUUAGCUGUCAUUUCUAUCUUUGCCAAUAUUGGACCAAAUCCUAACUCUUUCCUGACCAGGCUGUUAAACCGAGAAACGAUUACCCGGAUCUCCUAUAAGAAUGAUGCUUAUCUUCUACACGAUCUGAGCCUUGAAGACCUUUAUCCAGAGACAUUUGGUUUUAUCACUUACCAAGGAUCCAUGUCAACCCCUCCAUGCUAUGAAACAGUCACCUGGAUUCUCAUUGACCGUCCCAUCAAUAUUACCUCCGUUCAGAUUCACUCCCUUCGUCUUCUCAGUCAGAACCUCCCUUCUCAAAUUUUCCGGAGCAUGAGUGACAACUCAAGACCUCUCCAGCCCCUUUUACACCGAAGCCUUCGGGGCAACCGAGACCCACGGCGCCCCACUAAACGUUGCAAAGGAGCCUCCUACAGGCUACAUGUUGAUGGAACACAGCCUCCCAAACCAGGCAUGUAGUUUUGCUGCAAGCUCCUGAAUGUCUGAGUGUGUCAGUUGCUCAAAAUGCUCAAAGUGUCCAACUGAGGAAGCUACAAUCUCCCAUCUCUGAAUGAUUGCCACAGCUUCUAUUGUGGGAAAGACAACAUGUGGGGUACCAGGGAACCAGGCUGGAAUUCCUGCCUUGGGGUGUUUGGAAAACUCUGAUCACAAUAGGGUUGGGUUGCCAAAAGCUUAAACAAUGAAAUGAGGGCUAUUAAUUUGCAGAAUAUGGCACAUCUCCCCCAGUGCUAUAGCCUAAUAUUUAAAGAAGGCGGGAGCAUCCAGGAGUGUGAGGACUAGAAUCUUUGCAUUGCCUCCCUGCUAAAGUAAUGCUGUCUGUUCUGGAGAUCAAAUUUAUUCAAAAUCUCUUAUCAGGUGGAGGCAAUGUACCCCAAAUUAUAUACAGAACUAAACUGUAUCAGGCAGACAGUUGUAUUCCCAAUACUAAAUGCACCUUAGAAUGUUUCCUCAGAAAUGCAGAGGAACAUCCUUAUAAUAUCCUGGUGAGACCCCAAUAUGUUUGGGGGGACAUUCUGAGACCCACAGGAGCCUUGGGACUAAAAAUUAUAGUGGGAUAGUUUUCUCCAAGACUUUAAAAUGCCAUGAAUCUCAGGAAGUUUAAGAGGGGGGGAAUUGCAUUACAUGGGUGUAACCCCACAAACUCUUAAGCUUCAAUUGUUCUUUUUAAGAAGAGUUAACUUGGAACUUUAAUCUGGGUAAAACUUGAGAGAAUCUGGGGUGGAAAACAAAUAUGAUCUCCCUCCCUACUCUAUCCUGGGGGGGAGGGAGGGUUGAGAGAACCAGUAAAAGAAGGGAUCUGUACUUAUCACUUCAUUCUAAAUGGCCUUCAACAGCCCUAAC